AUGUUGCAUCCGGAUACAAAUUUUACAAUACUAGCAGCAACAUUUUUUCCAAGAGGUCAUGCUUAUAUAUUUCUUUCGUGGUUGAAAGAUCCUGGUACAGAGGGCGGACGUGUAAAUCACUUUCAUUCAUCCAAGCUGCAUUCCACAUUAGAUGGCUAUGAAUAUGUUACUGCUCUGGAAUUAAUGGGCAUAGCUGGUAGAGAAAAGAAAACAAUGAAAGUUAGCUUGAACGAUAUCAUUCAUUAUUUUAAAUCAAUAGAUUCCUAUCAAACUAUAGAAGUACAUUUACCACAAUUAAUACCAUUAUCAUAUACUGAAUAA